CCCGCCAACUCCUCGGUCUGGAUGGCGCAGCGAUGUUCGUUUUCACCGUCCUGUGCUUGUUUGGCGGCGGCGAGUUUGGCGGGAAGCUGGUAGGCCCGCGCGCCGCCGCCGCCGCCUUGUCGGAUUACUGCAGGGGGGUUGUGGCCAACGUGUCCACCUCGUGUCACAUCGGCGCGGGGGGUCAUUUUCGACCCUUCAAUUCAGAGACCAGCUGCUGCAUUUCGCUCUUAACGGCCAAUUUGGAGAGGUGCUUUUGCGACCCGGAGCUUGUUCAGUCAAUGUCCCAAGUCUUUGGAAUAGCCCCCUCCGUAGCCAUAAUGGCCCUGGAUGGGUGCGCCAUACCGCCAUCUUCGGUGAACAUCUACAACAUAUCUGGUUGCCUCGAUGCUCGUGGCGUGAGGAUUACGGAGAGUUCACCUACCGUGAAUGUGGCUUCCCCUGAGACCGUGGAACUCACAAAGCUGGGACCAAGUCCUGGUGUCAGCGAUCGAGUUCUCCUCUUCGUGCCAGGUGUCAAUGACGUCGGAAGAGGCCGUGCUGGUGCUAGUAUUUAUGACUUGGCUGGUGGCCGAAUGCAGCCGCAGCUUAAGGAACGGUUCUCGAAUUCUUAUGUGCUCCGGAUUGACCAUCAGGGAGAGUUCAAUACAAGCCUUGCUGGAGGAGUGAGGGAAGUGCCUCGGAAGGAGGGGCUUAAGAGCGGCGAGGAGAUCCAACGACUGACAGUCGACGAGAACCUUACAGAACUUGACCGGAUGGCCUUGUACUUGUUGCCAUCAGCUCACCCUUUGCAGCAGAGUUGCGCACUCGACAAACUUCCAGCAAUAUACAAAGAGCAUGGGCGGAUUGCGCAUAUUGCACUUUUCCCAACUUUCAUGCGAUCGCUGGACGAGUUUGCUUUGCAGACCCAAGCUGCCGCUGGUGAGGUGUUGGCCGACAUCCUGUCUGACCCAUCGCAGUCCAAAGAGAUUGCACUUUGGCUCCUCCCUGCGGUAGUUAAAAUGCUGAGCUCUAACCGAAACGACGAGGUCAUCAAGGCAUGGCUGUCGGCGCUCUACGCAAUGGCGCCCUCUCUACCGGUCAAGAAUCUGAAGGACGAUCUGUUCAAACUGGCAAUGUCCAAGGGAGAGGUGGAGGAGACGGGCAGGUCUCGUGCCGUAUGUGCCUGCAUCCUGGGGGCGAUCUCACCGUUGCUGAAGCAAGAGGACAUCGAGAGACUUUACCUCGAUAAGGCCAUGGCCCUCUGCCAGGACACUGACGCGGAGGUGCGGGGAGCUAUGAGCAUGCAGUUGGCAGCGAUUGCGAAAGCUGUGGGCGUGGACGUGACAGUGAGAGUGGUCUUGCCAGAGCUGUACGAACUGCUGAACGAUGAGGAAGUGGAGGUGAAGACCACAGCCUUCCAAGGCAUGGUGGAGAUGUUAGACCUGCUUCCACCCGAAAUAAGGAUAAAAGGGAUAUUGCCGUUCUUUAAGCAGUUUGCCACAGCCACAGACGUACGAAUCAUGGCAGCGGUAGCGAACGAGUUCGGAAAUGUGGUAGGCAAGAUGGCAGCUGAUCUCUCAGAUGAUGAUAUGCAAGGUCUUCUUGAGCAUUACAAAAACUUGUGCCGAAAAUCUGGCGAAGAUAUUCGCCCGGCUUGUGCUCAGAACCUCCCAGCUGUGCUCAGGGCAUUGGGAGCUCGAAGGUAUGCCCUUGUAUUGCACGCUCUCCAUAUUCAGCUGGCUCAGGACUCGUCUGUGACGGUUCGGAAAACCAUAGCAGCCGGGCUUCAGGAGGUGUCGAAAAUCAUUGGCAAGGAGAGAACAGCAGGGUAUUUGAAAGACAUUGCAGUUCAGCUGCUCAAGGAUGGGAACAGAGAAGUCCAGGAGGAGAUGAUCCGAAACGUUGGCGGCAUACUGGGGCAGUUUAUGGUCACUGCUCCUCAGCAGAGAGCCUCUGUCUACACCUCCUUACUCCCAGCUGUCUUGCAAGCGGAGAGUAACAUCGGAAAUAGGUGGAGGCUUCACCUCGCGCUGCUAGAGACGUUUCCCCAGUUCCCGACGUACUUCACGAGUGAACAGAAUUACGAGCACUUCAUCCCGCUCUGUUUCAGGUACAUGGCGAAUGGCGCUUUGCCUGUUAAAUCUGCGGCGGGGUUUGCGAUGGCAGUGCUCAUCCGGAGCAAUAAGAAAGCUUCGCAGCGAUACGAGCUAAGUCAGAAGGUUGUGAGGGAGUUUGCGAAAGGCAGGAGUUACUGGAGUCGAUUGACUUACACCAUCUUCUGUGAACACGCGCUGUCAGUCUGCAGUUCACGGUUCUUCAAGGACUUCUUUUUUGAUGCUGCAGUCGAUGUAGUGCAAGAUGCGAUUGCCAGCGUGCGAAUGCGGGCGUGCCUCUUGUUGCCAAAGCUCAAGGCAGCAAUCAAGCUGCCAGAGGAUGUCUUUGCUCUAGAAAGGAUAAACUUCUGUGCGACACAGCGGAUGAACGACAACGACCCAGAGGUUGCUCAAAUAGCCCAUAGCAUUGCUGAAGAAUACAAGUAUUCCAGUGUGAGAUGCAGCGGACUAGAGCAUUUCAACGGGACGUCAUCGAAUCAGGUGGAAUUUGAGGCGCUCGACAAGCAGAAGGAGGAGGAGGAGUGGAACAUGCUGAGCAAAGACGAGCAGGAGGAGAAAAGGAAGCUGGAUGAAAUGCUACACAGGUUGAGGUUAGAGUCACAGAAACGAGCAAUUGGGAUGCCAAGUCAGCAGCCAGGGACAGGGAACAACCCUUCAGAGACGGAAGGCGCCGCAUCAUCCAAAAGGAACUUCAGGGGAGGGGCUCUGGGGAUGGAGAGGGGAACAGUGGGGACUCCUUUGGGCAAGACAUCGACAGCGGCCUCAAAGCAAGGAGGAGACCUAGGAGGUGGAAAGCCUGGGACGUCUCGUGGGAUGCCAAGUCGAGGGGGAGGCGGAGGAGGAGCAAGCAGGGAAAAGGAAAGAGAGACAGCUGUCACUGGAGCUGGCACAGGAUUGCGGGGAGGAGGGAGUAGCCAACGCUCGUACAAUCCUUCGUUCCCGCAGUCUACUGCCGCAUCAUCAGCAACUUUGAGCGCACUGGGAUCUGAAGGUUCAGGAGAUGGCUCAGCAGCGGGAGUGAGUAGUCCCAAAGGGGCUGUCGGAAAGAGUCUGAAACAACAGAGCUUUACGCAGCUUGCUAUUGCUGCAGGCGGCUCCCCAUCACAAGCAUCAGGACCUGGAUCACCAUCUGUGAACACAGCCAACCCGUCCAGUGGGAGACCUAACAUUCUUAUUCAACCUGUUCAAGACCCACUUCUCACUCUGCCAGCACUCGAACCUGUUGAGAUCCAUGUCACUCCUACAUCAAGCCCACCAUCAGAUGUCGCCAUCAACACAACCAAUGUCGCUGGAGUUGCUGCAGAGAAUCUCCUUCCGUCAGCGAAUGACUCAUGGUGGUUGUCGACACCAGCCGUCUCAGCUCAGUCGCCUCCCCAGAGCCUUGACCAGAUGCAUCCUUAUGACAUGUAUCAUGCUCCAAUACCCAAUAAUAUGCUUUACACUCCUAUUGAGAUGGACUCGAGAGCCGAGGACACGGAACUACAGACAGACUUUGCGCUCUUGGAUUUCACGACAGAUGUGGCAAUGACGCUAGGCACAGAAGGCUCGUCCGCUAUGGUGCCUGGCAGUCCCUUCUCUAGCGCCAUCGCUCCCUCCCCGGUGGCCAAAGAAGAGGAAGAAAUAGAUGCACAUAUCAAGGACAGGUUGCAGGCCACAUUCUAUGAACGAGGGGACGACCUAGACUGGAUGUUCUCGUCGUCAUCACUUACAUCGUCAUCGUCAAACUCUUUCUCUUCCUCCACCUCCUCCUCCUCCUCCUCAUCGUCAUCAAGAGACGGGGAUCGGGCAGAUCACGGCAGAGGCCACAGCACUGCAGGUUCCAAACGGUACCCGAAGGAUCUUGGGACUACGGAAGAGUCCCGUCACCAUUCCCGGGAUGAAGUGCCCAGCUCGAAGUUGUUCUGAAAAACCAUCAUCAGGUUCCUGACAUGGGAGUGGUUUGAACCUUGGACCGUGGACCGUGGACCGUGGACCGUGGACCUUGGACCUUGGACCAGCAUCAAGAUUGUACUGCCAGGCGAAAAUCCAAUCUCCUUCCUCCUUACACACCUCAACCCGUCGACUUCCCUGCAACCUAAAGGGCAUUACCCACACUAGGACUUUUUCUACUAAGCUCUGGACGUGAUUGCGGUCAGAUGCAUCCAGGUCCGACUGUAAUUGCAGUUAGUCAGGCUUAGGAAAGUGCAGGUGGGAUAAUAUGCCCUCCUAAGAACAGGAAAGUUCCUUAUCUCACCGUCAUCUUGCUGUGACCUCAAGUUGUUCUUCGUCACGGCACCUUUCUUGUUUUGUUUUUUUUCGUGGAACAAAGAGCAGCGCCUUUGUACAAUCUGAGCAGAACACUAGUUAGUAGUUAUUACCUAUUUUUCCUUGUGACCUCCUCCUGAGUCGCACAUUAUCGCUGCUGCCCCUUUGCUUUUUUCUGUACCUGAGUGGACACUACCUUUGCCUCAUUAUCUCCGGAGGGUAUAGUCACACCAGAGCUUUGUGGCAUGUAGCUGACCUGAACUAGGGCCAAAUACUGGUGGUUUAAACCACCAGUACUUGGCCCAGCUAUCGAUGCCGACCUCCUGCCCGCCAAGUUUUGCCGAACCGCCAGGACGUCGUUUCGAAUUUGUUUUGGCUGGCCCUUCCAGCCAUUGUUGUCUGGUGCCGCGCCUGGGGAAGCGCCGCGGCCGAUAGCUGGGCCAAGUACUGGUGGUUUAACAGACUGUCCCCUCCCCCUGUCACAUUAAGGGCCUUGCUCCACUACUCACCAAAUGUGCAAAGCGAGAAUCAAUUUUGCACUAGAGC